GCAACACAUACUAGCCACAAUGCCGCGUUGGAGCCUUCUUGCCCUUCUAUUUGGGCUGCUCUUAGUGGCAGCCCCUUUUUCUAAGCACCAGCUCGCAUGGGCAUCAGACGAAUAUGACGAGGACGACGAUGACGAAGCGCCUGCUGAUGACGAUAAGGAUGUUGUGGUUGUGACCACCAAGAACUUUGAUGAUGUCGUCAAGAAGUCGAAAUUCGCCCUUGUAGAAUUCUACGCGCCAUGGUGCGGUCACUGCAAGAGCUUGAAACCGCAAUACGCUGCCGCUGCCACCACUCUCAAGAAGGUUGCUCCAGAUGCAGUCCUUGCAAAGGUCGAUGCCACCGUCGAGGAGUCAUUGGCAGGCAAAUUCGGCAUUCAGGGGUACCCCACCCUGAAGUGGUUCGUCGACGGCGAGCUGGUGUCGGACUACAACGGCCCCCGUGACGCUGAGGGUAUUGUGAACUGGAUUAAGAAGAAGACCGGCCCCUCCGCCGUGACCGUCGAUGAUGUGGACAAGCUGCAGGAGCUCGAGGCCGACAACGAGGUUCUCGCUGUUGGCUAUUUCAGCGCCUUCGAGGGAGAGGCUUUCGAGGCCUUCAUCUCCUACGCCAAGAAGACGGAGUCGGUUUCGUUUGCGCAGACCACCUCGGCUGAGGUUGCCAAGGCUGCAGGUCUGGAGGCGCCUGGCACUCUGGCUGUUGUGAAGAACUUCAAGGAUGAGCCUCGGGCGACCGUCGUGCUGGCCGAACUUGACGAGGAGAAGAUUGCAGAUUUCGUCAAGAGUGAGAAGCUGCCGCUCACCAUCGAGUUCAGCAAGGGCAACUCGGAUAAGAUUUUCAACAGCGGCAUCCCCAUGCAGCUUAUCCUUUGGACGAGCGCCAAGGACCUGGAAUCUGGCGCCGAGGUGCGCACCAUCUACAAGACGGUGGCAUCCAAGUUUAAGGGCAAGCUGGUGUUUGUGACUGUGAACAAUGAGGGCGAGGAAGCCGAUCCCGUCACGAACUUCUUCGGCCUCAAGGGCGCCGCUUCGCCAGUGCUGCUGGGCUUCUACAUGGAGAAGAACAAGAAGUACAAGCUGCAGGAGCCCUUCACCCUGGAGGCCGUGGAGAAGUUUGCUGAGUCCAUUCUGGAUGGCACCGCUCAGCCCGAGUACAAGAGCCAGCCUAUUCCGGAGGAUCCCUACGAGGAUGGCGUCCACGUGGUGGUCGGCAAGUCCGUUGACAGCGUUGUCCUGGACCCCACGAAGGAUGUGCUGCUUGAGGUGUACGCGCCGUGGUGCGGCCACUGCAAGAAGCUUGACCCCAUCUACAAGAAGCUGGCUAAGCGGUUCAAGAAGGUUAGCUCUGUCGUCAUUGCUAAGAUGGACGGCACUGAGAAUGAGCAUCCCCUAGUCGACGUCAAGGGCUUCCCAACCCUCAUCUUCUUCCCCGCGGGCGAGGACGCCACCCCGAUUCCUUUCGAGGGCGGUGAUCGCACGCUGAAGAGCCUGACCAAGUUCAUUAAGGCUAACGCCAAGGUUCCCUACGAGCUGCCCAAGAAGAGCAGCGCCGAGGAGAGCGCUGCCGAUGAUGCGCCUUCCGCGAAGGAUGAGCUGUAAAUGAGCAACGUUAGAUGUGAUGGAGUUUUGACGUGAUGACCUCUUGAUCGACGCCUGAUCCUUCGUGCACUGUGUAUGCGAGCUGCGGAUGUGAUGGCUUGGGUGUAGCGAAGUGACAAAAUGACUUGACAGCUGGGUUACGAGCUUGCGGCUUAAAUUGUCAUUAAGUUCUGUUAGUCUGCAGUAGUGGAACGUUUGUGUUUCAUGUUUUGGACCCUGGUGGUUGAGAUGCUUACAUGCGUGUUGGUCGGGUUUAUGGGACUCAUAUUUGGUCCUGACUGAUCAAUGGAAUGUUGCACAAAGCGCAGGGAUUGUGUGUAUCCACUAAGUGCAUGCAAUAUGUAAAUGGCAGCCUGCUGGAGCGGUUGUAGGGUUAAGCAUCACUUCGAACAGUUGUUCUGUAACUGUCGGACACUGAAUUGUCGCAUCAUACGACUGUAGCAUCGAACAAAACACGUGCGUACGGCAGACUCGUACGUACAUCGACAGAUCCCGGACCAUGAAGGACGCGGAAAAAAUUAUCCACAAUCUCUAAGUAUACGCCACGUAAAAACUUUGGCCCAAUUAGACGGUAUGUCCGCUAAGAGUAAGUACAAGUACGUAUUUACAGCGUUAUACUCAGCAAAGACCCUUAGCAAACACGAUUAAACAAAAACGGAGCGAGCAAGGCAUGACCCAAUUAUCCUUAGUAAAUAUACACCAUCCACCUACACUUCCAAGCUCAUGCGGGUCCACAAAACUUGCCGCUUAUAAUCUCAGCGAACUCCUGCAAACACACAC